UGUACAUCCCUGUGUUGAAUAACAUACAUUCUUGUCUUGAUCAUUAAUUGUAAACACUAGUAAUCGAGUUCUUACCAUACCUUGCAGUAACAUUCGAAAGAAAGACGUUAUCGAGUAAGGAAAUAUUUUUCCUUUUUCCGAAAAGUGCUAAAGAAUUACUUGAUUUGCGUGGGAAUUUAAAGUAUAGUUACAUCGGGAAAAGGGCGUUGAAAACACACGAAGGAGCAAAAAGCAGGAGAAGAUUCACAAGGUAAAUAAUUAAUGAAGAUCCUGCUUUCUUGUUGAAAUAAAAGAAAACAUAUUUGGUCUUAUCUUGGUGUUGAUUAAAAAUUAAUUUGAAAAAUAUAGAAACCCCCCUUUAAUUGCAGCUGUAAUACAAUUUUGCUGGCUAAACAAAAGAAAGAAAAAAGCGAGAAUUAGUUAGUGGAAAGACAGCGAUAAAAUACUUGAUGGAAGAUCAGACUAUGUCAUAGAUUCAUGACAACACAUGCAGGAUUUAAACAAAUAUAUUUGAUAAUUCCAAGCCACAAGCAUCUUCCUAGAAAUCUUAUAUAUAUUCGCAGACUCAGUAGCUAAUGGGAAGAUAUUAAUGUCAGAACAUCAAGAAAUUGCUAAAAUCGAUCAAAUAACAAUGAAUACAACUUCGUUACCACUUCCUGCUGCACCAAUGAUACAAGACUGGGAGAAAAUACUUAUGACAACGGGUUUAACUAUUUUGAGCGUCUUUACGUUGUUUGGAAACAUAUUGGUUGUCAUCUCCUUCUAUACCUACAGACCGUUGCGCACACUGACAAAUUACUUCAUCGUGUCACUCUCCAUCUCAGAUAUUAUGGUUGCAAUCAUCAAUAUGCCUGUUUGGAUAAUUUUCGUGAUGAAGAAUAUGAAUUUUAAUAUCCAUGGAGGGAAGCUAUUAAUCGCUUGGACUUGUUUCGACAUCAUGUUUGGAGCGGCAUCCAUUUUGAAUCUCACAGCAGUCAGUGUGGACCGUUACAUACAUAUCACCAAGCCAUUGACACAUCAGAAAUUGAUCACUAAAAAACGCGUCGUCUCAAGUAUCAUCUUUAUCUGGCUAUUCUCGUUAGGAUUGUCGUUAAUAAAGGGUUUGUAUUGGACUUGGGAGAGACCAAAUUAUGAAAUGUUAAUCUUCUGCCUUGGAUUUUUGUUUCCAGUUAUCAUAAUCGUGUUUUGUUAUAUCAACAUUUAUGCCGCAGUUAGAGAACAGCUUCAAAAAUGUAUAGGGUGUUCGCAUUUAAAAGCAACAAAACCAGCUUCGUUGAAAAAGGAUUUAAAAGCUAUCAAAACGAUCGGUAUUGUCGUUUUUACCUUCUUUGUGUGCUGGUGUCCAUUUUUCGUUCUAAAUGUUGUGUUUGGAUUUUGUGAUUGCAAAAUUAAUCCACAUUUAGUUUCCUUCUCAAAAUGGUUGCAUUACUUUAACUCAACACUAAAUCCUAUUAUAUACGCAUGCUUUAACAAAGACUAUAGACGGGGGUUUCGUAAUGCACUGUAUAAAUACGCCAGCUCUGCCAAUGAAAGUGGAGCUUUUAAUUCGAUUAUCAAGCACACCUCAUUUCGAGAACAUUCGAUGUCUGAAUAUCAUUAUCCAGCACGCUCAAGAUCAGGAUCAUCCAGAUUUGUAUCUGAUUCUCCACUUCUUAAAAAGACAAAUUCAAUAGUGUUAAAUGACAAAAAUAGUAAUAUUAUUCGAACGCAGUUGUUAUCUGGGACGAAAGCUCAUUUGACCGUCAAUGAAGUAUAAAGGAUGAAGCUUCAAUGUGUUUCAUGUUCGUAGCUAUAACUCUCCCCGUGUUUUUACUUUUAUGACACGCGCAAUAAUAUAUGUUUUUGUAUACAUUUUGUUUUGUUUUAUUUUACCUGAAGAUUGUUACUCUUUAAUAUGUAGAUAUAUGGUGUAAAAUGCAGUUUGCGAGUAAUUUUUGACGAGUACAUAAAGUUGAGUCGUCAAGACGGGCUAAUUUAGUGCUUUUAAAUUUCGGCUGAUCAUUCUGCAAAAUAUCUUUAGUAAAAAGUUAGGCAAGGAAAGCCUUUUUUACAAAGCUUUUGGAAACAAUAUAAAACAAUAAAAAAGCUCAAAAAAAGUAAUUACAUUAAGAGCAAUCUAAAUGCUUAAAUAAAGUUUGAUGGUAGACAGCAAAACAACUCUUCUGUCGGGAGAUUGUAUGUGCUUUUACAUAAUUUUUGUAACUUCUCCAGCACUUGAAACUUUGAAGUUUUACCGUGGUGAUAGAGAUAUAUUUUAAGUUUUUCUGGUCGAACAUGACAUCUACACUUUGUUAUAUUAUUAUUACAUAUUAUAUUAUUAUGUUACCUAUAUUAUAAUAAUCGUAUAUACCCGUAUGUGACUGUCACGUAGAAUGGUAACGCAUGUAUCGAGACACGCACGCUAUGCGGUAUAAAAAGGGCUGGCAAACCCGUGUUUUUUUCCACGGGCCAACGACUAGUUAUUAUAUUACGCAUUCACCAUUACAAUAUAUUAUUGAUCAACUCAUGUAUAUAUGUUUAUAUUAAAGACUAAACAAUAUGCAUAUUUCAUGUUGCCAUAACAAAACAA